CGCCAAGGAACUGCUUACGCUGACACUGACUUAAGUAGUUUAUUCACAAGAAACGCGCUGUAACAAACAGUCCGUCGAUGUUACCAAUCAGUCACCAGCACCAGGGGUGUCCAAGCAUGUCAGCCGAAGAAUAUAAUGCUUGUAGGGUUUGCUGCCUCAAGUCGCAUGAUCGUCAGAUGAAAGUCCAGAUCCAUAUCCUCGGGAAUGAUCCAACAUUUUUGUUGACGAGACUGAGAUCCUGAUUCCCAUUUAGAAGAUGAUCAUUCACGAGAAACGGUCAGCAUCAUACAGAUACAGGAUCUUUCACUCACAUUCACACCUACCCUACCCAGUCCCCUUUGAAAACUGUCCCAUUAAAAAUUGGUUUCUAUUUUUAUGCAACAGCACAUAACAUCCUGUCUAGUCCUUUGCGUGGUGAUCAUACAACAUACAAAAGAACUUUGACGAAAAACGAAUCAGGAUGUGAUAGAUGUGUAGUACCUACUGGCCAGUGUCUUCUCAUUACGUGUCUUUCCCAUACUCUCUUGCAAGCUCUUUUGCUCAUUUUGAUUGUCUUUGAUGUCUCCUUGGUCUGCAAAUUAAUUGUUCAUGUGCAUUUUUGCAUACAGUCAGACUGCAAGAAAAUAACAUGACAUCCUCAACUUCCAGAGCUUCUGCAUCUUCAAGCAGUAGCUUGCUGCCCCUCGCCGUAGCUACUACCGCUGUAGCUGGCGCCGCGGCCUGCGUAUUUUAUGACGUUGGUGGCGCACGUGGGAUUUGGCGCAGUCUCUUCAAGAAAAAAAGAAGGACGAGGCGCGGAGGACGUCGGUCUCGAGACGGAAAGGGACCACCAGGUGGUAGUGGAACAUCAUCAGAAGAAGAUGACUCAAGUUCUGAAGAAGAUGAAGUAGUAGAAUUCGAAGCAGGUAGAGGUGGAAACAAAAAUUAUAGGCAUAACGUCGCAACGGGCGCAGGUGUACCCACAAUAGGUGGUGUGAAUACCAGUCAAGAAGGUGGAGAAGGAGCGACAGAAACAGAUGCACUAGCGGAUGCAACUUACGUUCCCGACAACGCGAAUGCCGACUGCGUAGGCGUAGACUCAGAGCAGGCAGGCAAAGCCGCAGGUUGUGCCGGUUGUCCGAAUCAAGGAGCAUGUGCGAGUGGCGAAGCGAAGAAGGUGGAUCCAGCAGUGGCACAAGUAGCAGAAGUCUUGAAGGAUGUCAGACGGAAAGUCCUAGUCCUAAGUGGCAAAGGCGGUGUCGGCAAAUCGACCGUUAGCUGUCAACUUUCGUUUGCUUUUUCUAGGACAAGAAAAGUGUCGGAAAGCAGCUUAAUGGAGGUAGGAAGACUUCGAGUCGCAUCGAAUCUGGAGAAGGACCACGUGCAGCCGAUGAACGAGGAGGAAGCAGGAGAUGAGGAUAACAAUCAAGUCGGACUGCUAGAUAUCGAUAUUUGUGGCCCGAGUUUGCCUACCAUGCUAGGAUUGCGAGGCCAUGAAGUCCACCAAUCUUCUGCAGGAUGGAGUCCGGUGUACCUGAACGAAAAUCUCUGCGUCAUGUCAAUCGGAUUCAUGCUGCCGAAAGAGGAUGAUGCAAUCAUAUGGCGGGGACCGAGGUACUGAUGUUGAAAACAUUUUUUUUUUAGAUCGAGUGGUUGUGAGGCUGAGUUAAUAGAGUUUUCAUCUGUAAUUCUCACUCUCAUUCAUUGAUUUGCGAAGUGCAAGAACCACGUGAGCAAUUUUUCUCACUACUCGUCAAAGUUAACCAAUGAGGACUGUUCGCUUUCGGGUCCAAUCCACGGAAACCUCAAACUACCAGGAAAAACGGUUUGAUUCGUCAGUUUUUGACUGAUGUGACGUGGGGUGCGCAGGAUUACCUCUUCGUCGACACACCUCCGGGAACCAGCGACGAGCACCUUGCUAUCGUAGGCUAUCUCGCAGACGCUAAGAUUUCUGGAGCUAUUAUUGUAACCAGCCCUCAGGAGGUUGCUUUAGCAGAUGUGCGGAAAGAAGUCAAUUUCUGCAAGAAGACGGGGGUCCCAGUACUAGGAGUGAUCGAGAACAUGAGUGGCUUCUUAGGCGUGACAAGUGAAGGGGUGAAGAAGAUGUGCGCUGACUAUGGAUUGAGCUACUUGGGAGCCAUUCCGCUGGAUCGUGAAGUAGGCCUGGCAGGCGAGAGGGGGACGCGAAUUACAUCACCCGGCCUGGAAGAGACAAUGAGCCAUUUGGUGGAAGGGAUAGAAAAGAGGCUGGAUGAGGUGGAAGGACAACAGGCUGCACAGUAGGUGAACUUUUGAUCAGUAUCUUCGUAUGCAAGAUCAUAAAAGCGAACGACUGUAAGUAUCCAUUUUCCCGACGUCUCCACAUCCAAGAAUCUUGGGAGAGACGAAGCAAUUCGCUCUUCUAAGAAAUGGUGGGAGCAAGGCAGCCCUCCCAUGGGCUCCAUGCACGGCAUAUUAAACAAGGAAGUAGAUGAUAACACACUCACCUCGCUAUGCCCCAAUUGUAAACAAGUUUUUUUACAUCAUCGAUUAUGUUGGAAAAGGUGACUCCAUAGCCAAAAUUAAUCGGUAGAGAUCAU